AUGGCGGAAAUCGAUCGGGCAAUUCUGCCCGACGAUGCCGUGCCUAUUUUGUACGAACUGGAGCUGCGACCGGACUUGGACCGCUGCGUAUUCUCCGGCAAGCUGGAAGUGACCUACGACGUGGAGGUUGCGACCUCAGAGCUGUACCUGAAUGCUAAGGAGCUCUGCUUCAGUGAUGCCUUUUUCACGCCCGCGGCAACGGGAGAAAAACUGGCGGCCGAGAGCAUCACCUUCAAGCCAAAAGAAACGACCGUCGUAAUUUCUUUUGGGGACCACGUUCUUCCGGUCGGCGAAGCCGUCGGGAAGCUGUGCAUCCCAAAGUUCGAUGGUACGUUAUAGUUCCUACUUUUUGCUUUCUUGGAAUGCGAAUGUAAUGGGAGAUGCAGCGUGAAAGCGCGUCGUAUCUUUUGAAAUAUCAACAUGAUGAUCCGAGCGCGUAAUAUUUCGACUGCCUGACUACAGUUCGUUCUUGCUAUGGUAUGGCUAGACGCAGGUUGCCAGCACGUGGUGACGUACGUAGUGAGUUGGCGACAAAUCUUCAUUUGAUUUGUUAUUCUAGGUAUUUUGAAUGACCAGAUGUGCGGGUUUUACCAAUCAAAUUAUGUGGACACGCUUGGACAGAAACGGCGUUUGGCGGUAACGCAGUUCGAGGCCAUCGACGCGCGCCGCUGCUUUCCCUGCGUGGAUGAGCCAGCACGAAAAGCGAAUUGUGUAGAUGCAAACGGGGGCGAAAUCUGGGCUGCCACUCGAGAUGUGCAGCUGCUACUGAACAAACAGAUCAUGAUAGUGAAGACACGACCGAAGAAACGAAUAUAAAGAUUAUCAUUAUGUCAUUAAUGACGCGGACAUGCAUUAUACUUUUGCUAUCAACAUCAAUUUGUCUUUCUCGCGCGUCUUCGUCUUUCGCACUUCUUGACUAGCACUGAACAAGUACUUUUUUCCUCAGACCACCCUUGGAUCUUUUGAGGCGCAUUUUUCGGUGAACUUCUACAGAGGAGCAGGAGACUACCGGUAUAAGAGAAAGUAGCAGCCACUGGCGUUGCCCCCGACACAAGGCUUUGUAGGACUACGCCGCCUCCUCUUUCACCCCACCCGUUUGCCUCUGCAUAGCGUGUUCGACGUGACCAUGGUUGUGGACAAGAAGUUCCAGGCGUUCUCCAAUAUGCCGGAGGUGUCAAAAAUCAGUAACGAGGCGGACAACACUGUCACGUUCAAGUUCGGCACCUCACCCAAGAUGAGCACGUACUUGCUGGCGUUCCUGGUCGGGGAACUGGACUACCUGACGCAAGAAACCGCGGGCGUGCACGGGCCCAAGACGACGGUGCGGUGCAUGUCGGUGCCGGGCAAGGCGGAGCAGCUGUCGUUCUCGCUGGAGGUGGCCACCCGGUGUCUGGAAUUCUACAACGAGUUUUUCCAGAUCGCCUACCCGCUCCCCAAAUGCGACAUGGCCGCCAUCCCCGACUUCGCCGCGGGCGCGAUGGAGAACUGGGGCUUCGUCACCUACCGCGAGAUUGAUUUGCUACUGGACGUUUCCAAAACCUCCACCGCGCGAAAGCAGCGAGUGGCCAGCGUGGUGACCCACGAGCUGGCGCACCAGUGGUUCGGAUAUUCCACAGAAAAAAGCUGGCAGGUCACAUUUGUAAUGCAAAAAUAAAUACACAAAAAAAACUGUAUUGCGUAUCCUAAGCAGCAUGCUAUGAGGCCGCCCAUGACAGAUCUUUCUGUGUAUUUAUUUUUGCAUUACAAAAUAUGCCCUGCCAACUUUUUUCUGUGGGAUAUCGGAAACCUGGUGACCAUGGAGUGGUGGAAUGAUUUGUGGCUGAACGAGGGCUUUGCGAACUUUAUGCAGACCUUCUCCGCGGAUGCGUUGUUCCCCGAGUGGCGGAUCUGGGAAAGUUUCGUGUGCGACGACCAGGCGGCGGCGCUGCGAUUGGACUCUUUGCGGUCGUCGCACCCGAUCCAGGUGCCCAUCCCGAAGGCCGAACAGGUGGACGAGAUCUUCGAUGCGAUCAGCUACUGCAAGGGCGGGAGCGUGUGCCGGAUGAUCUUCGCCACGCUGGGGAAGGAGAAGUUUCAGGAGGGGCUGCGCUUGUACAUGGAGCGGCACAAGUAUGGCAACACGCAAACCUUUGACCUCUGGAAGGCCUGGGAGGAGGUCAGCGGCAAGCCGGUGGCGGAGAUCAUGAAGGGCUGGACCGAGCAAAUGGGGUAAAAAAAGUACCUCAAUAGAGUACGUAGACAAGUGCAUUUUCUAUUUUAGUGUGGCGCAGCGGUCGGUAUCAGGUGCCAAGGGCAUUCUGGCACGAGAAUGUAGGUAUGUGCUUUCGGAGCAGCCCCCUUGCUGGCGCAGUUACUAUCUAAAACCUCCUUCAUUACUUCAGAAAUUUUGAAUCCGCUAAAGAACGAAAAAAAUGCAUCCAUUCCUCGUGCUGCAGGUUCCCGGUUCUCACCGUUUCUCGGCCUGACGCAACCACGCUCCAGCUGAGCCAGCGGUGGUACUUGGCUGAUAACUCGGUCCAGGAAGGAGAUGACGAGAAGAUCUGGACCGUGCCAAUACUUCUCGCAACGAACAACGGCUACCAGGAGGAGAUCCAGUUUCUUAACGAGAUAUCCUGUGUAGAAACGUCCCCGCCCGCCCAGAGUUAUCAUGCCAAUCUGCGUGCCUGAAAUGUUUCCCCUGCGCAGCCACGUGAGUGCCCAUUUUCUAAUGCUAUCUUGGAACUCGAACUUGUCAUGCUCGAGCUCUACUAGAGAUCACAUGAUUACGAAAGUCGAUUCGUGACCCGGCUGCACUAGCCAAACACGACGUGUCUUUCCUGGCAGCCUGUGUACUACUUCUCAUGUGUGUGUCACGCGCGACAGCCAAAACUUGCUGAUUUGUGUAGCAGAUUCCCCAUCGUGACUACUGGGUGUCGUGGGCCCUGUGUUUACGCAGGAUACGAGAAGCAGCAGACUUUCAAGCUCCCGCAGGGCAGUCGGUGGGUAAAGGUGAAUGCGGGGCAAUUUGUGCCCGUGCGUGUGCUCUACGAGGGAACUGCACUGUUGGAGGAUUUGGCAAAAGCGGUCGCAUCAAAGGAACUUUGCGCCGAGGACCGGUACUUUUGCUAGCAGUCCAUUUUGCUUACUCAUUCCUGAAGCAACGACGAUACAGAGCAUCAUUGCAUGAAACUCAGAAGCAGCAAAAUAAGAGGAGUGCAUUUUACACUCGUACAUCUAUGGACACAGCACUAAUUUAAAAGUCAUGCGGUACUUAAUAUUCUGUGACGAGUGCAAUCGGCAUUGUCAUGAGGGUCGAAUCCACAAACAUUGCUAAUUCAGGAUCGGAGUACUGCAGGACACCAUGGAACUCUGCCGGUCGGGACACCUGGAAGAUCCAACCGCGCUUUUUUUUCUGCUGCGUGGGUUUGCCCAGGAGGACAACAGCAACGUGUGGUGUGCUUUGAAAGCCGCGAUCGACGGUUUGGACCGCGUGCUGCCAGAAAUGGGAUCAAGUGUUUACACCAAGUUCCAAGAAUUCGUCAGCGACCUCAUUCAGAGACCCUGCGCUGAGCUUGGUUGGGACCACAAAGAAGCCGAUGACGAUCUGACAAAGCAACUCCGAGGGGUCUUGAUCGGACUCAUGUCCACGUAUACUAUUUCAUUUUAGAGUCUGGUCGUUUUUUUAGUCGUUUCGGUUUGUGCGAGGCGUGCGGCUUUUUUGCUACAUGGAUUUCUCUUUGUUUCGAGGAAUAGUUUAUUACUUUAUGACGAGAAAAUCAAUGCGAAAAAGCCUCGCGUAGACAAAAAAAGCAAAAUGGAAUUACACCUUCCGAAAGAAGUAGAACUACAUGAAGGUUUGCGCCUUCGGAUCCGGCGGUGCAAGCGGAGGCGGCACGAAGGUACGAGGCAUUCGUUCAGGAUCGCAAGACUGGGCUUCUGCCAGACGAUUACAAGCGCAGCGUGUUUACCGUCAUGCUGCAAAACAAAGAGCGAUGCGUCGAGGUAUGGGAGCAGCUUGUGCAGAUCAUGAAGGACCCGCAAACGCAACAAGCGCAUCGGCUCGCAAUCUACGCCGCCCUCGGUUACGUGGAAAACGUGGAGUACAAGAGAAAGACGUUGCAGGAAACCUAUGAUAUCAAGAUCCAGGACUUCUUCUAUCCGAUGACCGGCGUCUCAGGGUCGGGCAAGCCUGGAAAUGUGCUCAUCUUUGAUUGGAUGCGAGAAAAUUACGACACGAUCAAAAAAAGAAUCGCGAGCGCAAACAGUACUUUUUAUGCUCUAUUUGUGUUUUGCUGCAUGACCUCUUGUUUGAGGUCCACAGUUGUUAUGUCAGGGUUACGCACAUGUUCUUGUUCUUCAUUUUUUUUCUGCGGUGUCACGCCAAGUGCUCCUUAUGCUAGCUACAAGUGAGGAUUCGCAAACCAUCAGGUUCGCUUCUGCAGCACGUGGUGUCUGUGUCCUGCAGUGGUAGCACAUUUGAGCGCGCCGAGCAAACGGAGGCCUUCUUCAAGGAUCGGGACGAGCCCUCUAUCCAGCGCACGCUGAAACAAGUAUGCGAGCGGACCAGAGUCAACGCUCGGUUCGUGGAAUAUUUGAAAAAGUCGGAGCUUGCGACUCCGGAAUUUUGGGCCAAGCUUAAGUUUGAGCGGGUUGCUGCGUGAUCAACCGGCAAAAAGGACCUGCUGCAGCAGCUAAUGGAUCUGAACUUUCUUUGAUACAUGAUCGAUGUUUGGAUGAACACUUCUGUCCCCGCGCAUAAGAAUGUACUUUACCUUUGACCUCUAAGUCCGUCGUCAGAGGAGCAACGCUAUUUUUUGCGCAGUUUUUGGUAUCAGAGUGUCUUGACGACUUGCUGCAGCUGCACGCGUGACUACUGGUUGUGUGCAUGCAUGGGACCUCAGAGGAACAAUGCUUCUUUUGGGGUACUUGCUGUCACAUGGUACAUAGUUUUUGAAAAGAGAUCUUUUCGUUAUUCCACUUGCACACACGGACACGACUUGGCACUGAGCACAGAUGGCACGGAUAGCAUGCAAAUUUUUGAAAGAUGAAAAACAGAAUGAGACGGCGAUCGAGUUUCGUUUUCAAGACGAAAUUCGUACGAAUGAUCGAAAUAGGAUUGAUUGUCGGCAAUCGCGAGGGCGAUUUCUUGCGACUAUCGCUAU